AGUACGAAAUUGUCUACGAAAAAUUACAAAGUUGUUAUCAGUUGUUAUGACAGCUGGAAUCUAUCGUAAUUCAUUAUUAUAAUAUGAGUUAGAGAUAAAUUCAUGGCGCUAACUUUGCUUUAAGAAUAUACUUGAGUAUCAGAUUAAUUAAAUGCAUGGAAUUGAUUAAUCAAUCUUAAAUAUUAUGGAGAAGGUGUGUAGAUUAUGCCUUCGAGCUCAAGAGAAUAUGAUACACAUUUUUGGCAAGGACGAAGACUCAACAUUAUUUCUAUUACAAAUUAAGGACUGCUGUGCCAUUGAGUUGGUAGAAAACGAUUGCUUGCCAAAAUUUAUAUGCAUCGAAUGCAAAGGCAGAGUCACUAUGAUCAGAGAGUUCAGAGAGCAAUGUAAACUGUCAGACUUAAAACUGAGGGAGUAUUAUGAACAUCCAGUCGAAAAAGAAAUUGAUAGAACUCAAACUGUUCAGAGUACCGGUGUACAAACUGAGGAUAAGCCAAGCCUAAUCGCUUCGAAAAGACGUUCCCUUAUUAAAAAAAGGAAGAAAGUUGUUAAACAAGCCUCUUCGACUUCUAUCGAUGGAGUGAAUAAGAAUGUAAUUAAGCCUGAAGUUUGUCAUAUAACUACCACAACUAACUGUUCAACAAAUGGCAAUAAUUGGGAUUUAAGGAAUAACGAUUGGAAUUUGGAAGAAGAGCCUGAAGAAACAAAACAAACAAAACCUAAGAAACAAGCCAUUCGGAAGGGAUGGAGUACUGCAAAGCAGAAGAAAUCUUUCGUAUGUCAUAUGUGUCAGAAGGUCUACCUAUCGAAGAAAGCAUUGGUCAAGCAUUCUGAAACUCACUUAAACAAUGGUCCCUUCAAGUGUUAUGGGUGCGACAAGACUUUUAACUCCAACGAUAAGCUCGCAAAUCAUAAUAAGAAACACAGUGAUUCCGUGAUUUUCAAAUGUGACGUGUGUGAUAUGCCUUUUAAGGAACAAGUCAAAUUAAAUUUUCAUUUACGAGUUCAUGGAAAAGGUCCUCCGAUCAACACGGAGAAGCAAUAUCUCUGCGACAUCUGCAGUAGGACAUUUGUUUCCAAAUCUGGACUACGAUUUCAUUUGAAAUCUCACACAGGAUCCAAACCCUACACUUGUAAAUACUGUAACAAGGGCUUCACGAUACCUAGCUAUAAGAUAAGACACGAAAGGACUCACACCGGAGACAAACACUUCGUCUGUCACAUAUGCAGUGCUGCGUUCGCAUCUAGUAAUGGCUUAAAGUAUCAUUUAAGGAUUCACACCGGUGAGGCGAAUUAUCACUGCGAAACGUGCGGUAAAUCCUUUAGACGUCUUAAAUACUUGAAGGAACAUACGUUUACUCACACCGGGGAAAGGCCAUUUGCAUGCAGGAUAUGCGGCCUAGCCUACGGAAAUUCUGGAAGCUUAUUCGUGCACGAAAAGAAAUGCAAAUUGCAGUACGUCAAUGGUACGGCUAACAACGCGAAAAUUGAGUGAGGACGCUUCUAAGAUCCGCUUCCGUUACCAAGGCGAAAGAAACGAAACAAUCCUUCCUAGCUGUAUUUAUUUAUUUAUUGACCAUAGUCUUAAUCAGAAACUAUCUUUGUAGGCAGUUUCUUUGUACUUUCUGUGCAAACAGCGUCGUGUACUGAAUGCAAUCGAGUAACCUUUUGCAAGGUCUAUAAGGUGCACUUUCCGUAAUUGUUCUCAAACUUCGGCUGAAAUCCGAGAGCGCACCUCUGUUAAAUAGCAACUCGCCACAGUCUCUUCGGGGAAACUUUAAUUA